GCAGCUUCUACUUGCAGCUGUCCUCCCCUUUUUAUUUUUUAUUUUCACUUUUUCUUCUCCUAUUUCCAUCACUCGUCUUCCUCUGCUGCUUCUUCUUCCUCUUCUUCUUCUUCUUCUUCUUCUUCUUCUCAGUUCUCUGCCUCUGAAAUCUUCAGCUCUUUCUCUCUCUGUCUCUUUCUCUCUCUCCAUAUGUGUCUCUCUCUCUUCCUUUGAUCUUAAAGAAGGAGAUUCCUAGGAAGUUCUGUUUCGCCGGAGAAGCUGUCCCUGUCGGCUAGAAAGCAAGGAUUUUGUUUGAUGCUUUUAAUGGAUCAGAGUGAAGGUAUUAGUUCACAUAUUGCUCUUCCAUCAGGGGAUGGAAUUUCGUUGGCUCUUGCUUCUGUACAACCAAAGGAUCAAUUUUCUUGUGGAAAUGAAUAUCCACCCAAGGUGAGGAAACAAUACACAAUCACAAAACAAAGAGAAAGAUGGACAGAAGAAGAACAUAAGAAAUUCAUUGAGGCUUUGAAGAUGUAUGGUCGGGCUUGGCGAAAGAUUGAAGAACAUGUUGGUACAAAGACUGCAGUUCAAAUUCGAAGUCAUGCUCAAAAAUUCUUCUCCAAGGUUUCUCGAGAUCAAGAUGCCAACAAUAUGUGCUCGGUAGAGCCAAUUGAGAUUCCACCCCCUAGACCGAAACGAAAGCCGGUGCAUCCAUACCCUCGAAAACUUGUGCAUCCACUUAGUAAGGAAAUCUCUAUGGCUGAGUAUUCAACAAAGUCUUCAUCUCCAAAUUUAUCAAAUUUGGAGAUGGAAAACCAGUCUCCAAAUUUAUCAAAUUUGGAGUUGGAAUACCAGUCUCCAAAGUCGGUAUUAUCUGCUAUGGGCUCGGAUACACUUGGUUCAAGCAAUUCAAACACACCAAAUGGUAGCUUAUCCCCAGUUUCUUCUGGUGCUGGCAACCUGCUGUCAUCUAAGGAAAUCAGAACUUCAUUUGCCUCACCAACUGUUGUGUUGGAAGAAACUGGCUCUACUCAAGAAACUUCAGCUAAAGAGGCAUCGACAACGACAACAACACAAAGUCUUAAGCUUUUUGGAAGGACUGUGUUAGUCACAGAUUCACAAAGACCAUCUUCUCCAAUAGUAGAAACUUGCAAAUCACAGCCUUCUAAUGUGCAUGAGGAACAACAUGUGAAAGAAUUACCAUCUUCGAAUAUUGCGGUGCUGGAAUCUUUGGCUGGGAAUCUACAAUAUACUUGGAGCCAAUUCCCUCAGCAUUCCCAUAUGGCUCUCUAUCUAAUGCAUUGUCAGAAUGAAAGCUCUAACCUGUUUAUAUCUACUGCUGCAACUCCUCCGCCAUGGUGGUCUUCUUAUGGUGAUCUCUCAUUAGGGAAAGGAGUCCAAAAGGAAGGAUCUUGGACAGGUUCAAACAAUGGAUCAGAAAAUGAUGAUAAAUGUUCAGAUGUUGAUAAUGCUAAGGAGGAGAAGGAGUUGGAUUUAGGUUUCCAAUUGAAGUCAAGCUUAAAAUCAACCUUCCCUGGAUUAAGAAAAAGCUUUGAUAAGUGUAAGAAAGGAUUUGUCCCUUAUAAAAGAUGCAUAGCAGAGGAAGACACCAAGUCCUCAACAAUACAUGGAGAAGAGAGAGAAGAAAAAAGAACUUGCCUCUGCUUAUAGCAUUCCAUGAUUUUCAUUGUCCAUAUCUAUAUAUAUAUAUAUAUAGAUAUGUAGUUUUGCUAUAUUUGCAAGAUCUUUUAGUAAGUUGUGGUUAGUGAUAUAGGCUGCUAGGUGUUCCGGUGGUUGGUAGUCCCAGAAUAAGAAAAGAAUGGGCUUCAAGUGUCAAGUCAUUUUUAUAGGUCUUGCUAUUUUUGUUCUAUGUCUUUUUUUGCUUUAUUUCUUCUUUUAUUCAUUGGGUUAGUUAUUUUAUUUUUUCUUUUCUUUUUCUUUUUUAUAAUAAUUUUCUUGCUUUUGAAAUGUAAAUUCCUUAGCCCUUUUAUCUAAUCUUUGUACAAAGAAACUUUGUUCCUCUUAUAUUGAAGUGAUAAUUUUUAGCAUGUUC